GGGUAGCGCGAGACUCCUUGCGGGUUUCGCUCUCGGGCGCCCUGAGGUCGACUGUCUCCCAGAAUGCCUGAGUCCUUUCCCCGUCUGUGUGUUGGCGGUCAGCCACAGUCGCCGAUGCAGAGGUUGAGGACGGCAGACUCCCGACACCAUGCCCUCUGGCCCUCACUAGAAAGCGUUGUGGGAGGGGGUAGAAAGAAAAAAGACCAGUGCUAGUAGAAGGCAGGCAGGGAAUAAGGAAGAGGGUGUGACCCACGCAGCCACAUCUCUUAAUGUGCUCUAUCUGGAACAGAUCUUGGCCCUUUUCAAGCACUCCUGAUGCCUCAUUUGCCUUUGGGCUAUUUUCGAUCACCAGUCUGGGGGCUGAGGCCCUUAGAGGGCCUCCCCAGGUUCCGUGCCCUCUCUACCCACUCAAAGCCCCAUGGAUCCUCCAUCUCCCGAAAGAACCAUGAAGCCAAACAGAAGCGCCAGCGAGAGAAGCAGGCGGCGCUGGAGGCUGGGAUAGCCCGAAAGAACAAGGUUAGGGAUCAGCUUGUCCUUGGUUCUUUGAGAAAACUUUGGACGGGGCUGGAAGAGACUGGUUGGAUUCAGAUGCCUGGGCUGGAAAUUGUAUUUCCCCACCCCCCGGUUUUUGGUCAUUCUUUCCAGUCACCUGCAGAAUCCAGUAAGGCCUGGACUCCCAAGGAGGUAGUGUUGUAUGAAAUCCCCACGGAACCGGGUAAAAAGAAAGAUGUCUCCCGGCUUCUGCCUCCUGCAUACAGCCCUCAAUAUGUUGAGGCUGCCUGGUACUCUUGGUGGGUGCGAGAGGGCUUCUUCAAACCAGAGUAUCAGACCAAGCUGCCUCAGGCUACAGGGGAGACCUUCUCCAUGUGUAUCCCACCUCCCAAUGUCACUGGCUCCCUACAUAUCGGGCAUGCACUGACGGUGGCCAUACAGGAUGCUCUGGUGCGCUGGCACCGGAUGUGUGGGGAUCAGGUGCUGUGGGUUCCUGGCUCAGAUCAUGCAGGAAUUGCUACACAAGCUGUGGUGGAGAAGCAACUGUGGAAGGAGAGAGGAGUGAGGAGACACGAGCUGAGCCGGGAAGAAUUCCUUAGGGAGGUGUGGAAGUGGAAGGAGGAGAAAGGUGGAGAGAUCAGUGAGCAGCUCCAAGCUCUGGGGGCCUCCCUGGACUGGGACCGAGAGUGCUUCACUAUGGAUGCUGGCUCCUCGGUCGCCGUGACUGAAGCUUUUGUGCGACUCUACGAGGCAGGCUUGUUGUACCGGGGCCAGCAGCUUGUCAACUGGUCCUGCGCUUUAAGAUCAGCCAUCUCGGAUAUUGAGGUGGAGAGCCGGCCGCUUCCUGGCCGCACGGAGCUUCGACUGCCUGGCUGCCCCAGCCCUGUGUCUUUUGGCCUCCUCGUUUCUGUGGCCUUCCCUGUGGAUGGAGAGCCUGAUGCAGAGGUUGUAGUGGGAACCACAAGGCCAGAGACAUUGCCUGGAGAUGUGGCUGUGGCUGUUCAUCCUGACGACUCUCGAUACAUGCAUUUGCAUGGACGACAGCUUCGUCACCCCUUGACUGGGCAGCUUCUCCCCCUCAUCACAGACUCUGCUGUUCAGCCACAUGUGGGCACAGGGGCAGUGAAGGUGACUCCGGCACAUAGCCCUGCUGAUGCUGAGCUGGGGGCCCGGCACAGCUUGAGCCCCCUGAGUGUCAUUGCAGAGGAUGGGACCAUGACCUCCCUCUGCGGGGACUGGCUGCAGGGUCUUCACCGAUUUGUGGCCCGAGAGAAGAUUAUGUCUGCGUUGAGGGAGCGGGGCCUGUUCCGAGGCAUCCAGAGCCACCCCAUGGUGCUUCCUAUUUGCAGCCGUUCUGGGGAUGUGGUUGAAUACCUACUGAAGAGCCAGUGGUUUGUCCGCUGCCAGGAGAUGGGGGACCGAGCUGCGCAGGCUGUGGAGUCAGGGGCUCUAGAGCUCAGUCCAUCCUUCCACCAGAAGAACUGGCAGCACUGGUUUUCCCACAUCGGGGACUGGUGUGUCUCCCGGCAGCUGUGGUGGGGCCAUCAGAUUCCCGCCUACCUGGUGGUGGAGGGGCACACGAAGGGUGAUAAAGGAGACUGUUGGGUGGUUGGGCGGACAGAGGCCGAGGCCAGAAAAAUAGCUGCAGAACUGACAGGGAAACCAGGAGCAGAGCUGACCCUGCAGAGGGAUCCUGAUGUCCUGGACACAUGGUUCUCUUCAGCUCUUUUCCCCUUUGCUGCCCUGGGUUGGCCCCAAGAGACCCCAGACCUCGCUCGUUUCUACCCCCUGUCACUUUUGGAAACGGGCAGUGACCUUCUGUUGUUCUGGGUGGGCCGCAUGGUCAUGUUGGGGACCCAGCUCACAGGGCAGCUCCCCUUCAGCAAGGUGCUCCUUCAUUCCAUGGUUCGGGACAGGCAGGGCCGGAAGAUGAGCAAGUCCCUGGGGAAUGUGUUGGACCCACGAGACAUCAUCCAUGGGGUGGACCUGCAGGUGCUGCAGGCAAAGCUGAGGGAUGGGAACUUGGACUCCACAGAGCUGGCGAUCGCGACUGCAGCACAAAGAAAGGACUUCCCUCAUGGGAUCCCUGAGUGUGGGACAGAUGCCCUGCGAUUCGCCCUGUGCUCCCAUGGGGCCUUAGGGGGCGACUUGAACCUGUCUGUCUCUGAGGUCCUGAGUUCACGGCAUUUCUGCAACAAAAUCUGGAAUGCCCUGCGCUUUAUCCUCAAUGCCUUAGGGGAGAAAUUCGUACCCCAGCCUGCAGAGGAGCUGUCCCCCUCGUCCCCCAUGGACGCCUGGAUCCUGAGCCGUCUUGCCCAUACUGCCCAGGAGUGUGAGCGAGGCUUCCUUGCUCGAGAGCUCUCACUUAUCACCCAUGCCCUACACCACUUCUGGCUCCACAACCUCUGUGAUGUCUACUUGGAGGCUAUAAAGCCAGUGCUGUCGCACUCGCCCCAUCCCCGAGACCCCCUUCAGGUCCUGUUCUCCUGUGCUGAUGUCGGUCUCCGCCUCCUCGCCCCAAUCAUGCCCUUUCUGGCUGAAGAGCUCUGGCAGAGGCUGCCCCCCAGGCCUGGCGGCAGCUCUGCCCCUAGCAUCUGUGUUGCUCCCUAUCCCACUGCCCACAGCCUGGAGCACUGGCGCCAGCCAGAGCUGGAGCAGCACUUCUCCCGGGUCCAGGAGGCUGUGCAGGCACUGAGGGCUUUCCGAGCCACAUACCAGCUCACCAAGGCCCGGCCCCGAGUGCUGCUGCAGAGCUCAGAGCCUGGAGAGCAGGGCCUCUUUGAGGCCUUCCUGGAGCCCCUGGGCACCCUGGGCCGCUGUGGGGUCAUGGGCCUCUUACCCCCAGGUGUUGCGGCGCCUUCCGGCUGGGCCCAGGCCCCACUCAGUGACACCACUCAGGUGUACAUGGAGCUGCAGGGCCUGGUGGACCCCCAGGCCCAUCUGUCUCUGCUAGCUGCCCGAAGACACAAGUUGCAGAAGCAGCUUGAUGGCCUCAUGGCCUGGACCCCAUCAGAGGGAGAGGCGGACACUAAGAGGCAGCAGAGGCUUUCUUCCCUCCAGUUGGACUUGUCGAAGCUGGACAAGGCGGCCUCUCACCUCCGGCAGCUGAUGGAUGCAUAUCCCGGCCCUGGGGAGCUCUGAGCGCCAGCUCACUCUUGGGGAGAAAAAAACCUUGCCUAGGGGGACAAACAUCUGGCAGCUGUUGGCAUUGAUGGCGUCUCUGAGACCAUGUGGCUCACCUCUCUCAUUUCAUAAAUGGGGAAACAGAUUGGCUUGGUCGGUGUCACUGGGUGUCCUCGAGAUGCUGACAUUCCUGCCCAGCCUCCCUCCUAUGUAGUCCCACCUGGAAGUUUAGGAAUGAGAUAAACUUUUAAAAUCCCAAACAUUGGGGCACCUGGGUGGCUC